GAGAGAGAGAGAAAGAGAGAGAUGCGCCUUUAUCUGUGGUCACGACUUAUCUCGCCAGACACACUGAGUGAGCUGAUGUUAAGGUUGGCUUAAUACAUCUAUUGGCAUAAGAAAGUUAUCGUGACAAGAGGGGAAUUAUCAUUCACCUCACCUGAAGUCACAUCAUGGCCGAAGUGGACGAGAGUCAGUUUUCUCUGUUGAGUCUGGAGGAUGAGCUGACCUGCAGCAUCUGUCUGAGUACCUUUGACUGUCCGGUGACCAUCCCCUGCGGACACAACUUCUGCCAGGACUGCCUCCUCGCCACCUGGAAGGAGUCCUACAGCUGCCCUCAGUGUCGGACCCACUUCGCUACCAAACCCGAGCUGAAGAAGAACACGGUCCUCAGCACCGUGGUGCAGACCUUCAACUUGAGGUCGACCAAGAGCGAGGCCAGCCCGGCCGAAGAGGAGAGCAAGGCCAAGAAAGAGGAAGUCAUACGCUGUGAUGCCUGCAUGGAAGCAGAAGCAUCGCAGACCUGCCUUACCUGCAUGGCCUCUUUCUGUGAGGAGCACCUGCGCCCUCACCGGGAAAACCCAAACUUUAGUCUCCACCAGCUGAGUGAGCCUGUCGGCGACCUGUUGGAGCGUAUCUGCACUGUCCAUCACAAGAUGAUGGAGUUCUUCUGCACCCAACAUGGCCGACCAAUCUGCAGCCUCUGCCUCCAACAAGUCCACAAAGGCUGCCCCUUCAUGUCCCAUGAGGAGCAGAGGAACAUGAAAGAGUACGACCUCAGAGACAAGUUGGGUUUGCUGGACAGGAGGAUUGAGAAGACCGAGACUGUUAUGUUCCAAAUGAAUGACACAGAGAGCAAGCUGACGGACGCAGCAACCAAAAGGAAGACCGCAUUGACAGCUGUGUAUCAGCAGAUGCGGGAUAUGUUGGCCCAAGAAGAACACGAGGCCCAACAUGAGGUGGACCGCGAGCUGGAGAUUAACCAGACGAAACUGCAGCACCUCAUGAAGAGGUUCACUGAGAAUUCUGAAAAGAUGAGAAAAGCCAGAGAAGAUAUAAACAGUCUGCUGAGUCGAUCCCAAACCUUGGCCUUUCUGCAGUCUUCAAUUAACUUGCCUAAGGCUGUAAACUUUGACCCUCACACCCCUCGAAUCAGCCUGGACUCCAAGAAGGUGACAGCAACACAGGGCUUUGCUGCUGCCCUGAAGGAGUAUCUGACAGAGAUCCUUAAACAGCCUGUUGAGGCCAGACUGCUGAUGCUUAAACCAGGUGAAUGUGCAGAUGAAAAAGCAGCUCCUGCCCUGGGACCUGAACAUACUGGAAAUACUGGAUAUCAGCCGAAAUCUGAACAACCAGAGCCCCAAAAGCAGGAAGGACAGCCCAGGUCCCACAGUCCAGGUCGUCCACCCAUCCAGCCAUAUUUCCAACCAGUUCCUGUACCUGUUUAUAUGGGAUCACAUGGAAGAUGGAAUCCAUCCCAGUAUGCACAGGGUCACCAGUCACCACGCUUUCCAUUUAUGGCAGGACAAUGGAAAAACCCACAAAAAGUGUUGAGAAAACCUAAUCAGGAAAAAAAGAAGAAAACCAUCUGCAAGCCGGUUCAUGAAGCGACCCCGAAAAAGGAUGGAGAAGCACGCAAGAAAAGCCACACUCUCAAAAACAAAGAGCAAGACAAAAAAACCCCCAGUGGUCAGGGAGGAAAUAAGCCAAGUGGGAGAGGAUCUGAUUUCACCAAGAAAGACAACCCCAGAAGCCAUCCUUCAUCAGAGAAAUCAAAAACGCACCAUCCACAUCCCAAUAAAAAUAACUAGAUGCAGCAGCAGAUGUAUUUGCUUCUGCUGUUGUCAUACAGUGAGCCACUGUAAGAUGUGAAUCACAUGAUAGGGAAUGGCACUACUUCAUUGCUUUACAAGGGCUUCAAUAAACAGUAUCCACAAAGCCAGUCUUCACCAUUACUUUACAGUAGUCACAUAUAUAUAUAUAUAUAU